CGACGUCACAGCCGAUGUCAAUCGUUCGCCUAACCUCAAAGUUGUGUCAAACGUGUCAUCCGGUGUUGUACUCCCAAUAUUGCAUCAUUUGCACUUUUGACGAAAAGCGUGUAUAAAAAUGGUCCUCGAUUUAGACCUCUUUCGUACCGACAAAGGGGGCAACCCUGACAAGAUCCGCGAAAGUCAGAAGAAACGUUUCAAAGAUGUGACUUUAGUGGACAAAGUGGUGGAAGCUGACACCACAUGGAGACAACUAAGACACAAAGCCGACAAUUUGAACAAAUUCAAAAACCUGUCCAGCAAAGAAAUCGGCGACAAAAUGAAGAAGAAGGAACCUCAAGGCGACGCCAACGACCCGGUACCGGAUUCUUUGGUGGUCCAACUCGAGAAUCUCACCGCCGAGUUGCUCAAACCCUUGACGGUGAAUCAAAUCAAAAAGGUGCGUGUUUUAAUUGACGAAGCAAUGGUGAAAAACGACGCAGAGCUGCUCAGAACAGAGAAGGAAAGAAGUGCAGCGUUGAAGGAAAUCGGGAAUCUGCUCCACGACUCGGUUGUGAUAAGCGACGAUGAAGACAAUAAUAAAGUGGAAAGGACUUUUGGCGACUGCGAAUUUAGGAAAAAAUAUUCGCACGUGGACUUGAUUCAUAUGAUUGAUGGGGUUGACACCGAACGAGGAGCCACCAUUUCUGGAGGACGGGGGUACUUUUUGACCGGUCCGGCCCUGUUUUUGGAACACGCACUUAUCCAGUUGGCGUUACGCAUGUUGCACAAGAAGGGGUAUAAGCCCCUGUACACCCCCUUCUUCAUGCGGAAAGAGAUAAUGCAAGAGGUGGCGCAGCUGUCGCAAUUCGACGAAGAGUUGUAUAAAGUGAUCGGCAAAGGCUCGGAAAAAGCCGAAGACAAGGAAAUCGAGGAAAAGUACCUAAUCGCCACCUCCGAGCAACCAAUCGCAGCAUUCCAUCGUGACGAGUGGAUUUCCGAGAGCGCCCUCCCAAUCAAAUACGCGGGACUGUCUACGUGUUUCCGCCAGGAGGUAGGUUCCCACGGACGAGACACUCGAGGCAUUUUCCGAGUCCACCAAUUCGAAAAAGUCGAACAGUUUGUCCUGACUUCGCCGUUUGACAACAAAUCGUGGGAAAUGAUGGACGAGAUGAUAAACAACGCUGAGGAGUUUUGCAAAGCCUUGGAAAUCCCCUAUCGGAUCGUUAAUAUAGUUUCGGGGGCCCUGAACAACGCAGCGGCUAAGAAACUGGACCUGGAGGCGUGGUUCCCUGCCUCGGGGGCUUUCCGCGAGCUGGUAUCUUGUAGUAACUGUCUCGACUAUCAAGCAAGGAGGCUGUUGGUGCGCUACGGUCAGACGAAAAAAAUGAACGCGGCGACUGAUUACGUCCACAUGUUGAACGCAACAAUGUGUGCCACCACGAGGGUCAUUUGUGCGAUUUUGGAGGUGCACCAGACGGAGACAGGGGUCACGGUGCCCUCAGUGUUGAAAGACUUCCUCCCAGAAGAGUACCGGGAGGAAAUCCCCUUUGUUAAACCGGCCCCGAUCGAAGUCGAAGCGACUAAAAAGAGCAAAAAACAGAAAGAGGGAAUGAAGAAAGGAGGUGGGGAAGAAUAAAUUGCAUUUUCCGUUUGUAAUUUAUUAAUAUCACGAAUAAAAAUUAUUUUAUAAAAACUCGAGUAUUUGGCUUAACGGGAAUGUUAAAAUUCUAGAUUGCUAAGUUCUUUUUCCGCGUAUGUGAGGUCUUUCAACCGCAUCAUUUUUUUGUAUUCUUUGUACUUUUCUUGGACUUCAAUAAAGUGCUGCAAAAGCUUGGCAAAGUC